GGCGCCCCGGUCUCCCCGGAAGUGCGUGCGGCAGCUCCGCCCCUAGGCUCCGAGCAGAGGUGGAAGCUGGUGCGGGGUGCUGGAGGUCUCCGCCUCCAGUUCCCUUCGGUCUCACCUCCCACGCCUUGUUGUUAAGAAGAUUGAAGAGAGGUCAGGUGAUAAGAGGAGGGCUAAGAUCUGCCUGGAUGAGAACCGGCCUCUUCACAGGCUCUUUCCACUCCUGCAGCCUGUUCCUUUCUACGCCCAACCUGGUGUUGAAAUGUGUAGCCUUUCCUUACCCCUGGGAUCCUGAACCCCUCAGUCAGCAGUUGCCACUCGCUCUGCUGCCCCAAGCCUUUCGUAGGGUACCUCAGUCAGUCCUCAGUCUAUUCAUUGUCUGCUCACUGGCUGCUUUAUUCCCCAAAGCCAUGGAAGUUCAGUCAAACAUCAGUGGAGUUCCCUGUCUCCCAUGGUGCACGGCAUCGCAAUUCCUUAUCAGUGAAUUCAACACUCCCCCUUUCCUAUAACAAGAUCAAGUGGUUCUCACUGAAUCCCCCUGCUUUAUUUAAUCUACAGGAGGUUACUUCAUGAUUAGUCACCAGCCUCCCUUGAUUCCCCCCAACAAUAAAUUAAUUAUCUAUGAAUUCGUCAUUUAAUUCUAGAUGAAUUCCACAGUCCCACCCAAUCCAUGGCUAAGCACUUAAUCAUCAAUUAAUUCAAUCUCCCUUGGUUAAUCGAAGAUCAGCUGCGUCUUGUACCCGGUGCCAGAGCCCCUGAGCCAGAGCCUGCAAAGAGGGUUCGAGAGGAGCGGGGAUGGGCGCUGCCCUGGGCACGGUCCUGGCCAGUGACUCUGCUGGGUUUUUGGUCCCGGGGCCCCAGAGCCCCACACACGGCUGCUUCUGCUGCUUGCUUUCCCUGCACAUUUACUGAUCCCGUAUGAAGCCCUCCUUGUCCCAGCGUGUGUCAGGGUCAGGAAUAAGGACCUGAUGGUUCUCCUGCCAGGUGAAGCUCCAGCGAGUCCUGGAUCCUCUGAGGAAGAUGAAGAGAGCCCUGGCGAUGGAGUCCAAGGAGAAGGACAGCACCGCGGCGUGGAAGAACAAGGUAAAGCGACGGAGAGAGAGAAUCAAGUCUGAGUGCAAGAAGCUGCGUCGCUUUGUGAGCGAGGAGGAGCAGCGGCUUCUGCAGAGACUGAAGGAGGAGGAGAGCGAGACUCUGCGGAGCCUGAAGGCGAACGUAGCCCAACUCUCCCGGCAAAGCUCCUCUCUGCGCACGCUGAUCUCGGAGAUAAAGGAAAAGAGCCGGCAGACACCUGCUGAGCUGCUGAAGGAUGUGAAAAGGACCUUGGACAGGAGCAAGGAUGUGAAGCUUCAGGAAACAAAAGCUGUUUCAACAGAGCUGAAGACCCCGUGCAGCAUCCCAGGGAUGGUGGAAAUGCUAAGGAAAUUCACAGUGGACAUGACUCUGGACCCAGGGACGGCUCAUCCCAAACUCGUCCUGUCUGAGGAUCGGAAAUGUGUGAGACACGGAGACACCCGACAGGAUCUGCCCGACACCCCCGAGAGAUUUGACCCUUGUGUCUGUGUCCUGGGGUCAGAGGGGAUCACGGGCGGGAGGCGCUACUGGGAGGUGGAGGUGGGAGACAAGACGCGCUGGACCCUGGGCGUGUGCAGGGAGUCUGUGCGCAGGAAGGGGAAGGUCAAACGAUCGCCUGGCGAUGGAUUCUGGGUUGUGUGGCUACAGAACGGGGGAUACAAGGCUCUCACCUCCCCCAUGACCCCCCUCCCCGUGCGCGAGCGGCCCAGGCGGGUGGGGGUUUUCCUAGACUACGAGGGGGGCGAGGUCUCAUUUUACAACGUGACCGACAGGUCCCAUCUCUUCACUUUCACUGACACCUUCUCCGGGACCCUGCGCCCUUACUUCAGUCCUGGUGUCAAUGCUGGGGGCACCAACGCGGCUCCCCUGACCCUGUGCCCGGUCCCAGCCCAGCCCUGAGGGAAUCCCUGUCCCUGCCAUGACCCGCGGGGGGCACAGACUGUCCCCUCCCCGCGCCCCGACUGCCACCCCUCGGUGCCCCCGGGGUGGGGGCAGGGCUGGGGUCUCCAUCACAGCACCUGCUUCAUGUCCCAGUCCCCACGCACACAGCCUGGGAGGGACCGGCUCCAAGCUCUCGUCCUUCAUGUACAGAUCCCUGCUGUCCCCGUGGUUUGUCACUUGGGACUUUGCUUUCCUCUCUCAGCACUGUCCUCCUGCCUCUCCUCUCCUCCCCUCCCUCCACGCCCUGUCCUUUUCACUCUGCGCCUCCUGCCAUAGCGUGUGAGGAGGUGAGCGCGUGCUCGUGAAAGCUGAUGCGUCUCCGAGUCCGUAAGCCCAGCGGUGCUCAAGCUUUCUGGUGCGCGAGUCCAGGGCCCCGCACCACAUCUAGGGCCACACGUGCGGUUGGACUGCACAGGCGGACCCGGACCCCGUGCACGUACAUGACGGCUCAGUGCCCCGGGGACAGGGGUGCUUGGGUGGCAGGGUGUGGGGGCAGCAUCCCUAGCAGGGACAGCCUGCUGGAGCCGGGGCAGAGCCACGAUCCCCUGCGUGCGUGCUGCUGUGUCUUAUUGUGUUUGCUUGCACUGCCCCUUCCAGGCCAAGGCCCCCGUGGUCAGCAUUGCAGGGUUUAGUUGCUUGUGGCAGUUUUGUGGCACUGGUGACUCCAUUUUCACUGCCACGAGGAGCCGGUGGGCAUUUGGUUCCUCUCACGCACCAGGACUGGACAUAAUAAAUAACUGUUAGUUCAA